AUGCCUAAAUCAAAUAUAUCUCCUAGAUUAUUUUCAUGGAAACUCUUGCUAGCCUUGAUUUCCUCUCACUUAGUCCCUAACUCGGCCUACAACGUGGCUCGUUACGGUGCGAGAGGUGACGGCCGAACGGACUCGACCGUGGCCUUCCAACGGGCCUGGUCGGCCGCUUGCAGCUCGGCCAGGCCCGCCUCGGUUUCGGUCCCGAGGGGCACGUUUGUAGUUCGGCCGCUCAGCUUCACGGGCCCGUGCAGAAGCCGGAUCUUGUUCGAGAUGGCAGGAACUAUUGUGGCUCCCGAUAACUAUUAUGCGAUCGGCAACUCCCAAUAUUGGAUUUUGUUCUAUAGAGUUAGUGGGUUGACGCUGGUCGGGGGAACAAUCGACGCCAGAGGAUCGGAGUUCUGGUCGUGCAGGCGGGGCCGGUACAACCGGUGCCCGGGCGGAGCAAGGUCGCUAUCGUUUGAGUGGUGCAAUAAUGUGGUCGUGAGAGGCUUGAGAUCGUUCAACAGCCAGACGAUACAUGUCACUAUCAACCACAGUAGCAAUGUAAAACUUCGAAACGUGAGGGUCACGGCCCCGAGCGGGAGCCCCAACACUGACGGGAUCCACAUUGCCUCGUCUAGAGGCGUCACGGUCACGGACACCAUAAUUCAGACAGGGGACGACUGUGUAUCCAUAGGCCCCGGCUCCAUGAACGUGUGGUUGGAGCGCAUAGGUUGCGGCCCCGGGCACGGAAUCAGCGUUGGAAGUUUAGGGGACAGUUACAACGAGGCGGGGGUGCAGAAUGUGACGGUGACGAAUUCUGUAUUCACAAAGACGCAAAACGGGGUCCGCGUGAAGUCGUGGGCCCGGCAGAGCGUCGGUUAUGCCCGGAAUCUGGUGUUUAGUAACCUUGUCAUGAGAAAUGUUGCCAAUCCCAUCAUCAUUGAUCAAAGGUACUGCCCUACGGGCACCUGCCCUCAUCAGAGUUCUGGAGUGAGAGUGAGCCAAGUGUUGUACCGAAACAUAAGGGGGACGUCGUCCACGCAGGCGGCCAUGACCUUCCGGUGCAACCCGUCUAACCCUUGCUACGGAAUAAGACUGCAAGACGUUAGGUUGACUUAUGUCAACAAGCUACGUAGACCAACCGUUGCUUAUUGUGAGAAUGCUCGGGCUUCGAGCAGGGGAUCCGUCUUCCCAAGAGGAUGUUGGUGA